AUGGAAAAUAUCAAAACUAGAGAUAAUAUUAUUUAUGUGAAUUUAAAAUAUCUAACAAAAAAUCAUGAAGUUACAUUAAAUUCAAAUUUUAUAAAAAUAUUUGAUGUUAAUGUAGAAGAAUUUAUGAAACCUUUUAUACCAUUAUUUAAAGAAGCUGCUAUAUCAAUUACGAUAAUAUUUCAUAUAUAUCAAUUAUCACAAUAUAAUAAAAGAAUUUGUAAUUCAUUAUUAGAUAGAGCAAAAUUAGCAGAAUUUGUUAUAGAUCAAUUAAUUCGUAGAAGAAAAGAGAAUAUAAAAAAUUUUAAAAAUUUUACAUGGUAUAAAUCUUUUGAAAGGUUAAUUGAAAUUUUAACUAAAAUUAAAACUUUUGCCGAAAAAAUUUCACAAUUACAUGAAAUUAAAAAGUUUUCAAAAGUUAAAAAUAUUAAAGAAAGAUUUGAAAUUCUUAUUAAUGAAUAUGAUAACGUAAUGAUGGACUUAAACUUUACUAUGGCUAUAACUAAUGAACAACAACGAAAGAUUGAUCAUGAAAAUUUGAAAGAUGAUUUAUCUGAAAUUAAAGAGUUUCUCGAAAAAUUUGAUAGUAUAGAAAAUAAACUUAAAACAAGUAUUAUUUACGAAGAGGUUCUAAAUAUUAGACCAAAUAAUAAAAAUGUCGAAGUGAAAAAUUUAGAUGAUAUUAAAUUAACCAAACCGAGAAUAAUAAAAGAUGAUGAUAUACGCGGUCGAUUUAUAAGAAAAAUGUACUUGAAUACCAACGAAGUAGCUUGUAUUAAAGCUUACAAUUAUGAGUCCUUACCAUAUUAUCAUAAUUUAGCCACUUAUAUGAAAGCUACUCAAUCUCCAAAUAUUAUUCAAUUUUAUGGAUUUGCAGAGUUAGAAGAUUUCCCAGUUAUGGUUUCAGAAUGGGCUGAAUUUGGAAAUUUAAGAAAUAUAUACCUUAGAGAUGGAAUAACUUCUUUGAAAUUAAAGUUAGCUUAUACGCUAGAUGUUUGUCGUGCUAUCGCAUAUUUAAACGCACUAGGCAUUUAUCACAAAGAAUUACAGUGUAGUAAUGUAUUGGUAACGGCAGAAAACAUAGCAAAACUAAAAUUUUCAAGCCCGAUUAGAUCUUUAAGUUCUACAUUUGAAGAUGUUCGUUGGCGUGCCCCUGAAAUGAUUCUAAAUAUGAAGUUGUAUGAUCAAAAAUGUGAAAUUUAUAGUAUUGGAAUGUUAUUAUGGGAAUUAAUUUUUGAAAGACGUCCUUAUGAAGAUAUAAAUUUUUCAAUGAUGAUAGAUUAUGUAACGAAUGGUGGUAGAGAAAAGUUACAAUUUGAUAAUAAUUCAUCUAUAAUGGUUAAUAUUCAAAAAAGUAUAAAAAAAAUCAUUAAAAAAGCCUGGAGCCAUGAUCCUGAUGCUCGUAUGAGUAUUUCAAAAUUAUUUAUUGAUCUAGAUACUUUGAUUAAAUCCCUUGAUGAAGAUAAUAACAAAGUUGAUAAUAAAAUGUCUUUGAAAUUGAAAAAUCCAAGUAAUUAUAAGAGUGAAGUGUAUAAAUAUGAUUCAAAAUCAAUUCAGAAUGUAAUAGAACCGAUAUUGUCAAUAGAUAUUGGUAUAAAAGCUCAUAGAGCAAAAAAUUAUGAAAAAGCGUGGAAAUGUUUUAAAAUGCAAGUAGAAAAUCAAAAUGCUUUUGGAAAAUAUUGGAUGGGUUACUACUUAUGGGAAGGAAUUUUCGUUCAAAAAGAUAGAAAGGCUGCUUUAACAUUAUAUAAAGAAGCUGCUGAUGAUUUUAUUGUGGAUGCUCAAUAUCGUUAUUCAUGUGCUUUAAAUAAAUUAAGUACAGAACUUAGAAUUAACCCUAAAGAAAUUAUUAAAUCUUUACAAUUGGCCGCUGAUUAUGGUAGUGAAAAAGCACAACUUUUGAUAGGUGAUGCUUAUUUAAAAGCAAAAUUGGGUUAUAAAAAAAAUUUAGAAAUGGCAAUACUUUGGUAUAGAAGAGCAGCAUUACAAAAUAACAAAGAUGCCAAAGAAAAAUUAGAAAAACUAGGAAUAGAAUUUUUAACACGUGAUUGA